AUGUCGACCACGGUGCUGUUCUCAAUCCUCCUACGGCUUUCGACAUACUUCUAUCUAAGAGUUAUUCCCGUGCAUCGUUUUGCACGCGUAAUCAUCCCCGGUCUCUAUUUAGGCUACCUCGUCUCUGCGUUCACAUCCAGUGUUGAACAAGAGCCCGCCGUCGUCGUCGUUCCAGAAACAGUUGAAAUCAUCGACGUCAAGGAUGCAACAACAAAUCAACUCAUCGAAGAAGUCGUCAAGGUUGAGUCCAAAGUCACUGUCGUGAACGGACAUGCAGGCAGACCCAAAGCGCCCCUUUCCUCGGGAAAUAGCGUGAUUGACACGCUUGGCUCGCUCCUGCUCAGUUUUCCAAGCAAGUCGCGCCUGUUGAACCUCGCGGGCUUUGUUAUCAACACGGCUCUGAUCCUCCUGGCCGCGGAUUUUGCGUAUACCCCAACACUCAAGACAUAUGACCCCAUAUUUACGCGUGUUGGCGCGGUCGACCACAGUAGCGCACGUAUCGUGGUGAGGUACCCUGGACUCGAGACUGGUCACCUCAGAAUCGUGUGGCAGCGGGUGCAUCCUCUCAAUGCGCAUACGGAUAUCUGGAAAGAGGGCCCCAUUCUGGACAUCGAAGAGGAGAAAGACUGGACCGCGACAGGAAAAAUUAGCAACCUUUGGCCUAGUGCAGACUAUAUUUACCGUCUCGCGUACCUCAAUUCGACGUUGCUGCCUUAUCCCGAGAAGCCCAUCGGUUUCAAGACGUUCCCAGACCCAAAGAGCUCUUCCGGAACUCACUUCAAGUUCCUCCUCGGCAGCUGCAUGCUACCCAACUUCCCAUACAACCCGUUGCAUCCCGAGCGCAUCAAGGGAAUGGAUAUCAUCGCGGACUGGAUUGAUUCCCUCCAACCCAAACCGGCUGUGCAGACCGCCGCGUCGACAACGGUGCCCCCGAACCCGGUUGAAGAAGCCGAAUCCAUGUUAUCCGAUGCUUCCAGUGCUAUCGCCAGUGCAACUAAUACGCCAAUCUCGGAGCUCCCAAUUGUCAAGGAAAUUCUUGCUGAUGCAAAGCCUCGCGAGAUUCCACCCAGCUUCAUGAUCCUCGCCGGAGAUGCCAUCUAUGCAGACGUUCCUCAUUAUGCUGGCGACAAGAUCGAGACGUUCCGCAAGUUGUACCGAAGAACAUUUGCCAGCCCAAGCUACCGAAGAGUCUACGAACGCCUGCCUAUUGUUGGCAUGUACGAUGAUCACGAAAUCAAGAACAACUUUGCUGGUGAAGACGAGGAGACCAAACCUCCGUUUGCCAAUGCUUCCAGCGCUUUCAACACGUAUUACGGCCACGCCAACCCAGAUUCGGCAUCCGAUGUCAACUACUUUGACUUCCGCUAUGGUGAUAAUGCAUUCUUUGUGCUUGACACUCGCCGUUAUCGGAGCGCACCGACUACCGACCCCGAAUCUACCCAAUUGCCGACAAUGCUCGGAGAGAGGCAAUUGCACGACUUGUACACUUGGCUCGGCAAAGUCAACUCGACUGCGACAUGGAAGUUUAUCAUUUCGAGCGACUCGUGGGCAGGGUACAAGAUUGAGCGUGAUGCUCUUUUGGAUACUCUGUUCUAUGUCCCCAAUGUCGUGAUUCUCUCCGGGGAUAGGCACGAGUUCGCAUUUAUUGAGCAUAGGGGCAAGAUUCCAGAAAUCUCUGUCUCGCCAAUCUCGAUGUUUGCUCUCAACUCGAUGACGCUCCAUAAGCAGAGUGCCGCGUCCAUGGAGAAGACGUAUAUCGACACUAUCUACGACUCGGAAGGCACUAGCGUCGAAGUGACCGCUAUCGAGCACAUUCCAGAGGAGAGGGCCAUUCAGUAUAUCCCCUCUGGCAACUACAAGUUUGCGUCCCUGGAAGUUGAUAGCAGGGAUUGGCGACGACCCACGUUGACGCUCGAAGCUGUCAUCAACGGGAAAUCGGCAUACAAUCUCGUUUUCUUAUACGAGCUCUUUGGCAGUGUCUUUGGAGGCGCUCUCAAGGGACUACUGAACAAGAUGGGGCUCAUGGGCUCGGUUCUCUAA